UGCCAGAGUGGAGUGCACUGCUUCUCCCAGCCCAACAGGAUGGCGGGUUCUUGUCUGGUUGGAUAAGGCCUUGCCAGCAGAAAAGAGCUCCAUCUCCAGGCCUGAGCAGAGGCGCGCAUCUCCCCAUUCCCAGGCCAGCUCAGGAUGGGCACCGUGCGCCUGCCUCGCCCGUCCUUCCUGCUGGUCUCCACCCGGGGGUCUUGUCUCUUCCUCCUCUUCUGCCUGCGCCUGGGCGCCACCUGCCCGCAGCCCUGCCGGUGCCCUGACCAUGCAGGGGCUGUGGCUGUCUACUGCAGCUUGCGGGGCCUGCAGGAGGUCCCCCAGGACAUCCCGGCCGACACCGUGCUCCUGAAGCUGGAUGCCAACAAGAUCUCCCACCUCCCGGACGGGGCCUUCCAGCACCUGCACCGGCUCAGGGAGCUGGAUCUGUCUCACAACGCCAUCGAGGCCAUUGGCCCCGCCACCUUCGCGGGCCUGGCGGGGGGCCUGCGGCUGCUGGACCUGUCCUACAACCGCAUCCAGAGGAUCCCCAAGGACGCCCUGGGCAAGCUCAGUGCCAAGAUACGCCUGUCCCACAACCCCCUGCACUGUGAGUGUGCCCUGCAGGAGGCCCUGUGGGAGCUGAAGCUGGACCCCGACUCUGUGGACGAGAUCGCCUGCCACACCUCAGUGCAGGAGGAGUUUGUGGGGAAGCCUCUGGUUCAGGCUCUGGAUGCAGGUGCCAGCCUCUGCAGCGUCCCCCACAGGACCACAGACGUGGCCAUGCUGGUCACCAUGUUCGGCUGGUUCGCCAUGGUGAUCGCCUAUAUCGUGUACUAUGUGCGCCACAACCAGGAGGAUGCCCGGAGGCACCUGGAGUACCUGAAGUCUCUGCCCAGCGCCCCCGCCUCCAAGGACCCCAUUGGCCCGGGGCCCUAGCGCCUGUUCCAGCAGACCCCCGGCGAUGGCUGCUGUCACUUCUGUAGUAGGUGGUAACUGAUGAUGCUUUUGCUAUUCCCUGAGGCAGGUGUCACAGCCAUGUGUGCUGUGCUCCCCACUGUUGCCCUCGGGCACAGCAGCACCUCCAGGCUGGAUGGUUUUGCCAUCACAUCCGUGUGAAGAAUGAGGAACCUGAAGCUUAGUGAAACAGAAUGACUGCCUGUGACACCAUCAGGAAAUGAUCCCAAUGGGACUUCAACCUGGGCUGUCCAUCGUGACAUUCCGCCUCCUUCCACCACGCGAGCCUCUCCCACACAGGGCCCGCAGGCUGUGGAUAUGCACGCAGAGGACACGGGGUGCUCCACAAGCGUGAGGGUUCACGAGAGGGGGCUCGGGUUCAGGUUCACCUGCUGAAGGCGCCGAUAAGUCCUGUGCUGAGGAGCUGGCUUGCCCUUGUUUACCUACAAAGUGCACUGUAGGUAAACAUGAGCCUUGUUCCACUGUUCCAGGUACAUUGGAACAUGAGCCCUGUUUCCAGAGCAAAGUAACAGAGACCAGGUUUUUCUAGAGCACUAAGUGGGAUGUGUAGCUCAAACAAACUGCCCUAAACUUUUUGUUCUCACAAUGUUUGAGCAACCCUAGUACCAAAAUUUCAGUCCAGUAAUGGGGUGAACAAUAUGGAGAGAGACCUGGGAAAAGUCCAAGGUAGCUUGCCUAGGGGAAGGCAGCAGCCACAUAUCUGGGGCCCUGCCUGCUUCCUGCCCCUCUGGCUGUGCCUGUUGUGGGAGGCCCUGCCCCGGGGUGAUCUUGGCUCACUGCAACCUUCGCCUCCCAGGUUCAAUCACUUCUCCUGCCUCAACCUCCUGAGUAGCUGGAAUUACAGGCACCUGCCACCAUGCCUGGCUAAUUUUUGUAUUUUUAGUAGAGAAGGGGUUUCACCAUGUUGGCCAGGCUGGUCUCGAACUCCUGGCCUCAAGUGACCCGCCCGCCUCAGACUCCCAAAGUGCUGGGAUUACAGGUGUGAGCCACCACGCCUGGCCCUGUGCCUUGCUUUUUCUACUAAGAUAUAAAACAGCUUUUUCCAAGGCCAGGAGUACUGGUGAUUGAUGUUUCAAGGCCAAUCAGUGGGAUGCUUCAUUUUCUCCAGCAACAGGAACUCUCUCUUUUCACCUUUGCUGCCAGGAAUCUCAGAGAUAAUUUAGUAUUCAAUUUAGUUACCUUAACAUUCAGGUUAGAUGUUACCUCCACCUAUAUGAUAGUAAUUCUUUAUUUUUUAUUGUCCUUUUUAUGAGUGUUUAUAUUUUAAAGUACUUUAUUUUUGGGGGGGUGCAAAUGAGUGAUCAGUGUACAUUGUGUGUAGACUGAAGUGUAGGUAUGUAGAGAUGCUUCACCAAACAGAUGCUUAAAAAUGA